AUGACUGCAGCCACCGAGAAGAGCCAUGAACGGCGAACCACCACGACGACGCCAACGCAGCCAAAAAGAUCGAGCUGCGCGGCCUGGCAGGACGAGGCGCAGGCCGGCUCACAGACGGCUCCGCCGUCUGCAACCCCGUUCGCAUCGCGCAGCGGCUGUCGGCGGCAAAUCGCGCGGCAAGCGCUGGCCAGCUCCGCCCGACCGACUCUUGGGCCGCGCGUGUGGUGGUACCUGCACCGCACCGACGACACGACCUGGAUUGAGGAGGAAUUGUGGAAGGAAUUCCGCGCCGCUGGACACCGGGCGAUGGAGGCGGCGCCCGCGGUGACGGAAGAUGGCGAGGCCCCCGUCGACGACGACGACAGCCGCAGCAGUGCGCUGCCGCUCGGCAUCAACUCAGACACAAUGGACCGCGUCAAGCGAGAGGCCUACGGCGAGGACGGCCACGGCCACCGGCGCGAGGAAGAACACGUCGCCCCACUGACAAAGGAAUCUGAGCCCUGGCGCGGCUCCUCUGGCUUCGGCCUCGCCAACAUCCUCAACCGCAGCAGCUCCGGCGCCCCCACCAGCACCAUGCCGCAGUUCAGCCUCCCGUCGCUCCACAGCUUCGGCAAGCCGCUGCUCACCAAGCCCGAGGUGUCGUUGGCCCCUCAGCACUACGAGGAGGAAAACCAGUACGUCGCUACUCGCCAGCAGCUCCAGCAACAGCAGCAGCAGCGCAGCGCCGACUCGUCUCCAGCUCGACAGACAUCGCCCUCGCCCAACUCGAGACGAAUUGCUCCGGCACCGGCAGAUGAGGAAGAGGCGGAACAAGAAGCAGAAAACACACCAGCCAGCACCCGAAGCGGUGGCGCUGCCACUCAGUCGAUCCGCGGCGGCCGCUGGACGGCUGACGAGCACGAACGCUUCCUCGAGGGAUUCCGCAUCCACGGACACAAGUGGAAGCGCGUGCAGCAAGUGGUUCGCACACGGUCAGUCACACAAGUGCGCACUCAUGCACAAAAGUACCUGCUCAAGGUGGCCAAGCUCAAAGCUGAAAAGAAGCAAGGCGCCAAGACUGCAGAAAUGACCACGCUUGCUGCCGAGCAACCUAGUACAGCUACUGCUGCAGCAGCUGCAGGCUCGGUGGAUGGCAGCAACACAGCACCAUCUACACCAGAACACGGCGCCAACAAUGAUAGCCCCCGCAAGACUCCCAGGAAGAAAGUGCGGCGGUUGGAGCACGGCAACUGCGACCCGGUGGACCAAGAGUACAUCGCUGCCGCAGCAACAACCUUGUGCUUCCUCAUGAGCCAGAAGAUCGACUCGCUUUUCGACACAAGACACGAGCCCAAGCUGGACGCCAACAACGGGGACUAUGAGCCCUACGACUGCUACGCAUCACAGCCUGCUGCACAGCCAGACGCUGAGCGCAGUGGGUCCCGCAAGCGGUCGUACAUGCACUUUAUCACGGAACAGCAGGAAGACUACGCGUCCUACGACCCCGCCCACGGCGAGCCUUCGUCGUACACAAUUGAAGGCAGCAAGCUCUGCUCGUAAACGGCGAGCUUGCAUACGUCAGUUUCCAGACCCCCACGAAGAUGAUCGAGCAAAAAGUAUCGCGCGGAAACUGACAGAGCGAAGUCAAGCCUAGCAUAGUUUCGCGAGUUCCUCUUCUCACCAACGGAAGUGAUCGCGUGUCUCCUUGUGAACGCUUGCUCAAGUGUAUAUAUUCUUAUGUAUAUAUGGGGUUUCAUCGCCGCCUGGUAGACGUCAAGACGGAUGCGGAGGCAGGGAAGAUCGGCGUUGGGUGACGCCGGUGGUAUUUGUAAGUUUAGUCGCUAUAGUAUAGAUCCCUGCUUUUGCUGCUCGGCGGUGGCAGA